AUCCUGCUUUCACGAUGGAUUAUGCACGUACCGUCGUCACCGCUGAUUGUCCCGUUACAAUUUUUUUGAUCAUAUUCUGUUCGUUUUUGAACCGAUAAUAUAUUAAAAUACAUUACAUACUAAUAUACUGGUAUCAAUAACAUGUCAUUGGACUUGAAUGUGUUAAGUGUACACUGAAGUGAAACGAAAUAACAUACAAGUAUUCACGAUUAUGUAUCGUAUGGAACGCGAUAUCAGCUGAGUUUUUUGAUUCGCUUAGUUGAAGACAAAUGAUGUUAAAAAUAUUUUAAGGAAGAAUUUGUAAAAAUGCAGUGGCCAUCUUUUACCCUUAUAUUAACGAAACUAUUUCUGGCUUAUAUCGUUUAUUCGAUUUAUAAUUUGUCUCUGUUGUUCGUGGCACCGGCUUGUGAAGAAGGUAAACCAUGCCUGACGUCGUAUUUAAGUCAAAAACAGCAACUCCAAUUGCGAAUUUACAGUUCCGUCGACAAAUAUCCUACCGAACAGCAGAUCGAUUUCGUAUACGCUAGUGAAAAUUUCAAUUAUACACACACAAAUACUCUUCCAUUAACUUUGAAUGUUCCACGCAAGACACGAAAUAAUGGAACAUUGUUUUUGCAUAUUCUCGUUGCACCCAUGCUUCCUUCUAGGAAGUAUGCAAAAGAUAUUACCAAUAUACAGAAGGAUCCAUAUGUAUCUUACAUUCCUAUUAAAAUGACCCAAUAUACCAUUCCUGAAGCAGAAGCUUUCAAUCUAUUAGGUGAGAGAAAUUCAAAUCCCAAGAAGAAGCAAAAUUUUGUAAAUCCAGUGACACAUAUUAAGAGUCGCGUAACGUUUACAAUAAUGACUGAUGAUGUGAAGCUACCUGUGCAUAACGUACCUACGGAACUUGUGAAUCACUUAAAAAUCAUACAAGGCAGAACAUUUUUACCUAUAAUUAACUAUGACUUCUUACAAACCAGACAUCGUGAUUUAGUGAAAAUCAUGCCUCAGAAUAAUACAGUUAAUAUCACGUUGCAAUAUUCUCCAAUUUCUAUUGGGAAGUUAAGGUUGCUGUUGCAUGUGGAAGCUACUAUGCAAAAUCUAAAAACUCUUGGAUUUUCUGAUAAAGAUGUAGAUGAAGUGAAAGGAAUUUUUGCAGAUACCAACAUAUAUAUUCUAGGAGGAACUUUUCUUAUUGCAGCCAUUCAUUUGCUAUUUGACUUCCUUGCUUUUAAAAAUGAUGUGAGUUAUUGGAGAAGGAAAGAUAACCUUGUGGGCCUUAGUAAAUGGACUGUUGUAUGGCGAGGAUUUAGUCAGACUGUUAUUUUCCUUUAUUUACUAGACGAAGGUUCAUCUCUACUUGUCCUAAUCCCUAUUGGAAUUGGAUCUAUUAUUGAGAUGUGGAAAUUAAAAAAAGUGUUGAGACUUAGGCUUAAAAACAAUAAUAACAACAAUAUAGCUGAAGUUAGAACAAGAGAAUUCGAUGCUGAAAGUAUGCAUUACUUAGGUUAUUUAUUGUAUCCUCUUGUUAUCGCCGGUGCAAUUUAUUCUUUACUUUAUCAACCACACAAAAGUUGGUACUCGUGGAGCAUAAACUCCUUAGUAAACGGUGUUUAUGCUUUCGGAUUUUUGUUUAUGCUUCCGCAACUUUUUGUAAACUACAAACUAAAAUCCGUGGCACAUCUACCAUGGAGGACGUUCAUGUAUAAAGCAUUCAAUACGUUUAUAGAUGACGUCUUCGCAUUUAUCAUUUCAACACCAACCGCGCAUAGAAUAGCGUGUUUUAGAGAUGACGCAGUUUUUAUCAUUUACCUUUAUCAACGAUGGUUGUAUCCGGUAGACAAAUCUCGUCCAGAUGUUGAUGUUAUUGGCGAGGAAACUGUUAAUUCUGAAAAUUCAAAUAAAAAGACUGACUAAGAUAUUUCUAGUAUCUCUUUAAAUAUGUGCAUCUGAAAUUACUAUGACAUUGAAUGUUUCACUAGUGCAUACCAAUAUGAAUACCUAAAUAGUGUGGUUUUGAUAAUAUUUUAAAAGUAAUCUCUUGUUGUAUUCGCACUUACAUUGCUAAAAGACAGAACUGAUAUAUAACGAUCUUUCAUUGUGAUGUAUUAGAAAGAAAUUGUUAAAGUGUGAAAAUAUAAUGAAGAAUAUUUCUUUUACUUUGUAUGAUUUUUACAACGAAAUUUUAUAAAUAGUAUCAUGUGUAUCAUUGGAA